AGAGAAACACCACUCCAGUAACCUUCUCAAACAUUUUCUUUAAAACAUCAGUAUCCAUGUCAUAAUAUUAGCCACUUUUACAUAUUAGUUUCAAACUUAAAAUUCAAAAAAGGAAGAGAAGAGAAGAGUUCAGGUGAGGAGUGGUGUGGUAGGGCAUGAAGUUCUUACUGGAGCUCGUCGUGCCUUGCUUUGGUUCGCAGCAGCUCCACCAAUCCGCCGCGUCCGUGGAUGAUCAUAUUUCCGGCGAAACGCAGUCGCUAAUGAAACAGCGAAGGCAGCGGAAACGCGUAAGAGUUGCGGGCCAACCGGGACAAGAGUGGAGACCGUCCCUCAGCGUUAUCUCCGAGCACAAACCGGCGUUAACCGAGAGAUCGGAAGAAAAGAGGAAAGUCCGUCGGAAAAGUGAAGUAAGCGGCGGAGACGCGUCGUCCCGACCCGGUGGUGGUCAUGUUCGUUUCCGCAGUGACGGUUUCGGGAGUAAUGAUUUCGAACCAGUAAUUCCGACAUUCUCACCAACUCCGUUCAUGUUUUGAGUUUCAGUUUCUUCGUAAAGUUUGUUUAUGUAUACAAAAAGUAAUGGAAAUAUGUAAUUAUGUAUAUAUACUUGAUAAUUAGUAACUGCCACCGAUAUAUAAGCAUAUAUCAACAAAUAUGUUUCGCCGAGCUUAAAUAAUUCUCAUGAUCGUUUGUCUAUCAAUGUUGAAUGUUAAAUGUAAUUAUGUGAGUACUGCUCAAUAUGUGGUUGAAAUCCAGUUUCCCCCAACAAUAUCAUCGAUCGUUUCUA